GACGUUUCGCCAUGACCACGCCCAUCAUCCUGCGAUGUGCAGCAGUGGAUCUCAACCUCUGUCAUCACCGUGAUCGUCAGUGUUUUCACCGACUUGAACUAAAACAACAACAGCAAGAUGUAUCAUUCUGAGCAUGCUGUAGACUUCCCUGCCCUCUUUGUUGGUGUCUGUGGUGGUGCCUCCGUGGUACUCGGUCCAGAAAUCGGAGUGUAAACAUCUCCAUCAAUACCUUAAAUUUCCUAGUACUUAAUUUGACUGUCUUCAAUCAACAGUCACCUCCUGCUGCAUGAUGGACAGCCCUCCCAAAUUAUCUGGUGAAACUCUGAUAGUGCAUCACAUCCCACUGGUUCACUGUCAGGUGUCUGGGCGACGAAACGGUGGCAGCAACAGCAGUGGUGGAACACUGAAGAGGAGCAACCCAUUCAGCCCACCAGAGAACCUGGGUUUGAAUCGCACCACUUCCCUUCCUGAAAAAGAUGUCUUCCAGAGGGAGGCACUGCUGUACAGCAGCCUUAUACACACCUCCGGCAGCUCUAUGGCCUCCCACAGAGGAGCACAGAACGGUGGUGGUGAAGAAGGCAAAAGAACCAUCAAUGUAAGCGAUGAUUCAUCUGUGACAUCAAGCAUUUCAGAGGAUCAGCUGUUCACGGCUAACACGCUACCAAUGGCAAAACCGGGGAACAGGAAGCCACUUCGACGCAACCCCUUCCUGCUGAACACAGGGGAUGAGGAAUAUGAAGAAGAGGACGCUGAUGACCUCAGUGGUUACCUUGAAGACUCUUCUUUCCAACUCCACAGUGACACCAGCUCUGCCCUCGAAGACGUGGUCGCCCCUUUCCACUUGCACGACCUCGACUUUGCAACCGAGCCAUUCCUGUUACAUGGCUCAGGUAAACACAGUAACCACGAAUCUCUGAGGGGUGGGGUUUCAGAUGUCUCCACACACUUGAAAGACUUAGAUCUCAUGGGCCUGGACCGCCAGUGUCGCCACGGCAGCAGUGGCUCCAACAUGUCCAUGGACUGUGGUGAGCAAGACUGGGGCGACGAUGGUGAUUAUGAGGAUCAUCCGAUGCGAUGCGGAAGGAGCAGUAAGACGGGUUCAUACUCGUCAAUCUCGUCUCUGUCUCAGACCUGCAUGCAUCACUUCCCUGAAACCUUUGGUGAUCCAUUUCACCAUGGCUAUGCCAGUGACUCCUCCUGCAACAGCUCUGAUGGUGUGCUCGUUAAUUUCAGUGCAAUCUUCAACAGGAUGAACAAUGAACCUGAGAAGCCGCAACCAUCAGUUCUUAUCAACCUUAAUAGCUCCUCAGACCAGUACUGCACCUCUCCUGCGUCUGAUCCUACAGGAAACCAGGAAGACUUAGGGGGCGGGGCCUUUUAUCUGGACCUUCAAACCUCACCAACUGAACCACCGUUGCAGCAGCAACAAACAUCCAGCCAGGGAAGCGGCUUCUCACUGAUCCAAGAGCGGCACCUGUCCACCUCCUCUGCUUGCUCGUGCUCAAUGGAGCACCAGGGGGCACUGGCCCUCGAUGCCAACUGCAACACAUACCACCCUCCACAGUCUGGGUCGUCAGGUGACCUGGCAUCCUGUCUGCAGAGCCAGGCUCGUUUGGUUGUGGCCACCCAGAACUACUACAAACUGGUGUCCUGUGAUCUUUCAUCACAGUCUUCUCCAAGUCCUGCCCCCUCCUCUGUCAACAGCUGCUCUGAUGAGCCCAGCAAAGGAAGCCCCAGCCCCUCGCAGCCCAGCGAGUAUUUUCUGUUUAGACGGCAGGAUGGCGUGGAUCAGGAAAGGGAGGACGGACCAUUGUCUGUGAGAGCUAAAGGUGAUCAUGAUAAGGAGAAGGGAGAAGAGCAAAAUGAAGAGGACAAGGAGAAGGAGGAUGAGAAAAAGAAGCAGGCAGAAGGUGGAACUGGUACUUCUCCCUCUGUAAUUAAGGGUCAGGUGUAUGUCAACACCUCCCCUCUUUUGAUUGGACGGGAUGUUAUCAGCGGAGGAGUCUCUUCAGUGAGUCGCCUUCGUUCCCGCAGCUACGAUCGCAACCUGGACAAGCCUCCAUCUCCUCGUCUUGGGUCUUUGGAGCGGAUGCUGAGCUGCCCAGUCCGUCUUAGUGAGGGUGCCGCCCCAGCCCCGCCUCCUCCUCCGAGGGUCACGUCGUUUGCAGAAAUUGCCAGAAGUAAACGUAGGAAUGGAGGUGUUGGAGCUUCACCUCCACUGAAGACUAAUACUGAGCCCUUCUACUAUGCUCACUCUGCCCACUCUCACCCUUCUGGGGACUUCUCUCCAAUCCAAGAGCAGCGCCUUGAGGUGGACACUCAAUGUUUGGACCCUGCUGCCUUCAGCAGGUGUUACAGCAAUGGUAGCAUGGAGCGCCCACAAGAGAUAGGGAGUGAAAGUUGCAGAAGACCUGAAGGUAUUGAGUCUGCCUCAGAUGCUCCUCCUGCUGUGAUCCGGUACAGUCUUGACCAGCGCCCCACGUCUCUGCCAAUCCAGCCGUUCACCUUUCAUCACCAGUUCCCGUCCAAGCAGGCUCAGCCCAAACCUUUGCUGCCCCUGCUCUCAGGCUACGUCUCUGGGAUGCAGGCUCGAGGGAGUUCUGAAUCUGCAGCUGGAGGUCCACUAGAUGAGGACAGUGAGAACAUAGCUGAAAAUGUAGACACAUACCGAGAGGCUCUGACUGGAGCAGCAGACCCUGGUCCUGGAUCAGUCCGUCCUUCACCCCUCGGUAGUUACUCCCCCGUGCGUCUCCAGGGGCCACAAAGCUCUGGGACCUGCUCUACUUGCACCCCAAGUCCUUACCCACCUCCACAACCACCGGCCCAGCGACCUCAAAACCUCAGCUCCCCCCGGUCAGAAGGCCCCAUUCUUUCACAGGGCAAACAGGAAGUGAGGUCAGUGCCAUUACUACUGACCCCACCUCUGUCUUCGAGUAUGAAAAGAGGGGCGGGGCCAACUCUUCUGCCACCACUACAAGAUCACUGCUACCAUCGCGAAACUCCGCCCAUUCUAUCUGGGCUGCAAAGCGACACUUUAAGUCCCCUCGGAAUCAUGGAGUCUGGAAAGCAUGGAGAAGGAGGAGAAGGGGACGGAACCAGGACACAAAAUGCCCACCACCUCUCCCCCCAAGCCCUUAAAUGGAAGGAGUACAGGCGACGUAACCCUCUCGGGGUGGAGCGAGUCUGUGAGCCACGGCGAGCUGCGACAGGACAGCGAACUGUUAGACGCAACGUGUUCGAUUUCCCAUCAGCGCCCUCUAUCUACACGCUGGGACGACUUCAAAGAAGCCAAUCAGCAAAGCCUCUGCAGAGCGACUUCUUCUCUGAUUAUUUCUCUCUGACGGAGAAACCUCCAGAAGAGUUCUGUCUCUCCCCCGAUGCUUCAUCUUCAACACCAUCUUCUGUACACGUGUCUCACGUCUUUGUGGACCUCGUACAAAAAAGAGCUCUGGUGAAAGCCGUGAAUACAGCUAUUGACCUGAUUGUGGCUCAUUUCGGCACCAGUCGAGAUCCGGAUGUAAAGGCCAAGCUUGGCAAUAGCUGGGUAAGUCCUAACAUUGGUCACCUGAUCCUAAAGUAUCUCUGCCCCGCCCUCCAUGACGUGCUGCAGGAUGGAUUAAAGCCGUAUGUCCUGGACUUGAUCAUUGGUCAGCGUCGCUGUCAGCCCUGGAGUCUGGUGGAGGCCUCAACCCAACUGGGUCCAUCCACUCGUGUCCUCCACAGCUUGUUCUCUAAAGUGAGUCAGUUUCCAGAGCUCAACAACACCAACAUGAGGAUAAAUGCCUUCAUCUUUGGCCUCCUGAAUCUGAAAUCUCUGGAGUUCUGGUUCACUCAUCUCCACACGCAUGAAGAUAUCAUUGAUGCUCACUACAACCGCUGGGGUUUGCUGCCCCUGUCCUGGGGUCCCUGCCGACCACUCUUCCAGGAGCUCCUCCUCCUGCUCCAGCCGCUUUCACUCUUGCCGUUUGACUUGGAUCUCCUCUUUGAACCCCAUCUCCUUCAGAAGGGGGCAGAGCAUCUGCGUCGAAAGGAGCUGCUGUGUUCAGUAGGAGGUCAAAGAGUCCGUCACUCUAAUCGCUCCACCUUCGAGCUCAUGAGAGGUUGGAGCACUACAGUUAGCGACAUGGUCGGAAAUUCAGGAGGUGAAGCCAAAGCAGAGAGGACAGUGCUUAGACAAGAGGGGACCUGGCCAAGAAUGGAAGUGAAGAGGAGAAAUGGAUCAGGGCUUGAUGUAAAAAAAGACAGGAGAGAGAUGGGUGUGGGACAGGAGGACAGGAGGAGCAGGAGACAAGAGGAGGAAUCAGAGCAGGGACGUCACCGCCAGGAGCGGCAGGCGGGCUGGUGGUAUCAGCUGAUGCAGUCGUCUCAGGUCUACAUCGACCAAUCAUCUGAGAGGAACAAGUUCCUCAAGGUUGACAAGAGGAAGAAAUCCAUGAUGGAAAGACGGCACGCUCAAGCCCCACCCACCAGAGAGGGUGUGGUGGAGGGUGCGGAGUCACAGCCACAGGUAGAAGGCUACGAAAACAGCAGCGUGAGAGGGAAACCAACUUGGAUGGGCAGCCCACCAGCGUCUGUGCUCAGCCCCUUAUUACCACCACCUGCUGGUCAGGAGCAGGAGCAGAGCCAAAACCUACGCUGGAGCAGACUGUUUGGAUCCAGAGGGGAGGGGACACAGUCAAGGGGGCGGAGUCAAAAGACGAGACCACCCUCUGGUUGGUUCUCCCUGGAUCGUUCUGUUCUAGGUUUUGUUGCUCAAACUAUUGGAGCAGGAAGUGGAAAAAAGCUGGAGCCUCCGACAGCUGUCACUCACACAACAACAACAUGUCAUCCAUCCAACGACAAACAACUGUCUCUGUGUGAAGUCAGAGCACUGUGUGACCAUGUGGCCACUGAGCACGGUCAGCUGAGCUUCAACAAAGGCGAUAUCCUGCGUGUCCACAGCCGAGCUGACCCUGAUUGGCUUAUCUGCUCACUAAACUCCAACCACGGCAUAGUCCCCAUCAUCUACGUUACUCUGAAGAGCUCAGAGGAGGAGGAGCAGGUGGAGGUGGAGUAGCGUGAGGAUACUGCUGCUGUUUAAAUCUAGACUGAGAAGACAAUGUAGGAGCAUGAUGACAGAAACACACUGUCUGCAUGCACUUAAAGAUUAAAACCCAAAGUCUAGAAUUUUUUUUUAUCUCCAUCAUUAUCAUCGUUAUUGUCUCUGCGUCCAGCAGAACUAGGGCACAUGGUCACUUUCUGUGCUGCUGUCUAACCUCCAUUCGCUUCAAUGAAGACGUAAAUAGCGUAGAACGCAGCAAAUAAUUUAUUUUUCCUGUUUAAAGUGAACAAUGUAAAAAGCAUAUACACUCUUAUUAAUGUUAAUUUAAUGGAUGAUAUCGAGAUCACGUGUAUGGAUUCCUACUGUUUUUCUUCUCAGCUCUACAGCAAAAAGUUCAAUAUUAAUAAAAACAUAGUUGAAGUGUAGUUGAAGUGUAGUUUAAGUGGCGCUUUGGCCCAGAGGCAAUGUCUCUGUCAUUGGUGUGGAACUUCAGGGUUCACCUCCUGGGCAAGUUCGAAUCCCUGUUAGGACUCACCACCCGCAGGAAGGUUCAGGGGGGGUUGGUACGGUCCAGUGUGAUUUGGGUGGCGACUGCUGCCCCUGCGACCCGGUAACGGAUAAGCGGAUGGAUGGAUGGAUGUGUGGAAGUGUAGUUUAAUCCGACAGAUGGCGGUAAUGAUACUUCUCACGGUGAACACUAGUGCUAAGGACAAAACUGGGGGUGCGAGCCUGUUUUCGCUGCAGUAGAUGUUCUCUGAAAUUAAACUAAUUAGUUCCCAAUACCAAAAAUGCAUAAAAGUACUUGAUUUUCCUUGUGCUUCCACGGUUAAAACCUUUCCUUAGAGGAAAGUCCAGUCUAGUCGUUCAUGGCAAAGUCAUAAACAAUUGUUUGGUUUCUUCACGUUGGGAAGAAAUCACAUAAAAUGGUGCUUGAAGGAGAUUCACCAAGUUUUGUUGCCUGUCAGGUCAGUCAGAAAUGUUUGACAUCAGACUGACUUGUUCAUGGUUUCAAUGAUCAUAUGUCAUAGAUAGAAGAAAAUGUCUGUAAGAGCUUAAACCUUAAAUCAGGUUUGGUCAGAGGGGAAAAAAGUGGUUGUGAGAAAACUAUUAAUACAAAUCCAACUUUUUUUUCAUUAAUAUAGGCUUCACUCUGAAGAGGAAACUUGUCGUGAUUUAGUGCAAAGAAUGUCUCCCCCUUCAUAUUAGAAACUAGUUGUUUCAGCAGUAGCUUCUCUUUGUGUUGCUACUUUUAUGGUCCUUUAAAUUAAGGCUGUUGUUUAAAUCCGACUUUUCUUCAAAGAAGAGUUUUGAUUCCAGGACCACAAGGAAACAGUUUCCCACAACAGAGCUUUAAACUCUAUUGACGGAUCACAGCAAUGGCAGAAGUAAAACAUAUUAAUUUUAAUAUUUUAUAUAAUAUAGAAUAUUUUUAUUCUGAAAAAGAAAAAAGACAGAAAUCUUCAAGAGAGUUUUGCAAAAUGCACAGGAACUACAUAGAACGUUUGCAUUUUCUUUUUUCUGGGUCAAUGAAGCUACUUCAAUAAAGGCACUCUGGCACAAAGGGACUGGAACUAGAAUAAAGAGAAAUACUAUUGCAAGUACUGUAGUACCAGGCACCAGGGACAGUACCUAAUACUCUACACAUUUCCACAGACUCUAAAAACAGUACCAGGAGCUGUGAAGAAAUGUCACAAAUGUCAGUACCGGAAUUUAUUAGACAGUUCCAGGAACUAACUUUCUAGAAAUGAAGUUCUGUUUCAGAGAUAGUUAUUGUUUAAAACUGCAGGAACCAGUGAAGGAUGACAAGAGAAAGGAAAAUGAAAUGUUUGAAUUACAAUAACAGGGAGCAGUACCAGAAAUGUUGUGGGUUUUCAAUGGUGAACAUAAUACCAGGAAUGGCGAUCAGUACCAGUUGCUCCCUUACAGGACCAAGGAACUAAAUUCGAGUAACUGGAAUGUUUUGUGCCCCCCAAAAUCAUCUCUGCGUAUGAAUGUGAAUAUUGGAAUAUGAAGGAGCUUUUUUUGUCCCUCCUUCAUUUAAAUAUUGCAAUUGCCUGGUCCUUGUGAUGGAAACACUGAAGUUAUGGUACAGUUCUGUAGUUACUGCGGUGUGGUUCUAUUACAUUUCUGAUAUGACAGGGAAUAUUUAAAUGUGGCCUUAGUUUAAAAAAAUAAGAAUAAAAAUAAUUUUAAUAAAUAGAUAAUUAUUAUAAACAAACAUAUCUGAUUUACACACAUUCGUUCACUUUAUACACCUUUAACUCUAAUUAACACUUUAUGUACAUUUAUGAAAUAAUAGUGGUUGUUUUACUUGAAUUUUUCCUGAAUUGUAAGCUCAAGGUGAUUUUCAUUUCCUGUUUAGAGUCAGGCAGGAAGUGAUGUCUUAGUGGAGAUAAAGGGAGAGAGAGAAUAAAAAGGUCUAUUUGACUUGUAUAAAAAUGCAAUUUAAUAGUGUCAGACAUGAAGUUAUUCUGUUGUCGGUUGUUUUGUUUUUUUUCUUUGUUUAUGCCUGUAUCUACACCAAACCCAUUGUUAGUGAAGCUGCUCCUCUUCCUCUGCCUCCAGACCCCCCCCACCCUCACCACCUUCACCUCUCUGGUCAGAUUAUCUGAAGUGUAUGUUCAUCAUAAUCAAACUCUGGAUGUUCAAUAACAAAGUGCUGAUGUGAUCAGACUC